AUGGAUAAAGGCUACCCAAAGCAGGUACCCUUGAAGCUCGAUUUAUCGAAAAUUUCUGAAGAAGAAUCGCGAGAAGAGAUGGGUGCGCACAAGUCAAAGCUCAACCCACAGGCUAUCAAUGAGCUCAGUGAGAAGACCAAGUUCACUCCGGAAGAGAUCCGCCACUGGCACGAUGGUUUUCUGAAGGAUUGCCCGACCGGAAAAUUGACAAAGAAUGAAUUUGCCAAGAUUUACAACCAAUUCUUUCCUCAUGGCGACCCAAGCGCUUUUGCUGCAUUCGUCUUCAAUGUCUUCGACGAAAACGGCGACGGAUCGAUCGAAUUCGAAGAGUUUCUUCAAGCUCUUUCCAUCACUUCCCGCGGCCGACUUGAGGACAAGCUCGAAUGGGCUUUCCGACUGUACGAUUUGGACAACAACGGAACCAUCACGCGAGACGAAAUGCUUCAGAUUGUCAAAGCCACGGUCGAUAAAUUUCAUAACGUCAAAUGA